GUCGUUUGGCAUCUCUAAUCUAUAACUCUCUUUCCCAACCAAGAAAGAAAGAAAGAAAGAAAAGGGAAAUUAAUAAGGAAGGAAAGAUGUUUGAGCACAUAACAGCGAGCGAAGUAGCUGGCUACGCCGUCGGUGCUCUGCUACUCUGCGCCACCGUCUCCGCCUACAAGGUCGACUCCUUCGUCGCUUCUUCCCAGCGCAGUUCGCUUGGGAUGUGUAAGAGAUGUGGGGAUCUGAAGCUGAUAGCUUGCCGGCAAUGUAAGGGCGGCGGCCGCCGCUCCCCCGCCGCCAGUUUUCCACUGUCCCCUUUUUCUUCUUCUUCUUCUUCCAGGUGUACCAAGUGCCAAGCCAGAGGCUACUUUCGCUGCCCUGACUGCUCAGCUUAAACCUGCCUUGCCCUGCCCCAAUCUUAAUUAUCUGCGGCUGGUGUAAAAAAGCCAUUAUUUUUAGACAGUAAAAGAAUGGUUAUUCUUGGAAUAGAUUGUACUCUCUACUUGUUUUACUUCUACGGCCUCGUUUGGCAUUAGCGUCAGAGAUUAGUGUUAGCGUUUUGAAAAAGCUAUCCGACGAUAGCCUUUAGCGUUGGCGUUUUCAGAAUUAAUCUGGACCGUUAAAAUAACAUUGACUUUCUUAAAUACCUCCACGAGCAUUGAGCCAAACACACCGCGGGCUUGACUCACAUGCCUGAAGGAGACGUCACGGCGUGACCACUGCGACACCGCAAGCGUGAUGGAGGCGUGACCAGCGGGGGCCUGAUGGUGCUCAUGAGAAUUGCUCUUGUUUUUUCUUUUUUUUUUAAACUCUUUAUUAUUUAAAAUCAAUUAAAAUUUAAGAUAUUUU